GAGUCGCGGAGAUGCGCGACCGUGUCGAGACCGUUUCCCUUCUCGCCGGAGAAUCCCGUGGAUCAUCCGUGAGCCCGUGCGGGUCUGCGCCGGAAGUAGAGCAAACGGUCUCCCUUCCGGGACGCGGGUCCGUGCCGACCCUGCCGCGGGCAUCGAAACUCGGGUGAACGGUCGGUGGUCGGUGGAAGGCGGCCGGUCGACGGACAGUGUGACGAUUCCUCCGCGAACCGCUCUGGAUGUGCCCCGAGACACCAUUUCCUGCAUCUGUGUUUCUGGUGGAGAGCCGAUUGUCAGUUGAAACGUGUUCCCUGCCGCAAGGAUAUCCAAGAUCGGAGUCGCUGCGCCGGAGAUUGCAGUCCGCGUCGAGGCUAGAGCAGGAAGAAGCUGUUGGCGUUCUCUGGGAUCGGAGCGGCCGGGAUUUCCAUAGGAUCGGAAAAGGUGACGAACGCGGAGCAUCGGCGCGACGUCUGCGUUGACGGUGGGCUACGACGGUGGCGACGGUGGCGGAGACGGAGGCGGCGGAGGCGGCGGCGGUGGUGGCGACGGAGAGGCAGAGAGAGGACGCCGGCGAAGACGAUGCUCGAGAGAAUCGGAAGAGAGGAGGUGUUUUCCGGCAAUGGCUGAUCGCGGCCGGCGCGAUGCUCGCGGCAUAUAAGAACGCGCGAAGACGUGCGUUCGCCGCGCUUUACGCGAUUCCGAAUUCGACGGUGGACUAUCUAUCCGCGGCAGCGGCUCGGGAGGCAAUCGGCGGGUCGAAGAUCGCUCGCAAGAGGCAGCAGCGGCAGCCUACGCGGACAGGGACUCGGCACGAGGCGAUCGUCGGCCGAACUCGAGGCUGGGCCGCGGGACGACCGUGAGAGGAGGACUUUGCCGGAAAAUCGUGAACGUGAACGUGAACGUGAUCGUGAACGUGAUCGUGAACGUGAUCGUGAUCGUGAUCGUGAUCGUGAACGCGGAUCCCGCGUCGCGCCUCGCGCUCUUCAGCUCGGACAACUUGGCGGUCGCUAAGCGCAACUAGACGCCGCGUCCGCGUCGUCCCCGUAGUCGAAUCCGCGGCGCGGCCCGCGACGUGCGCCUUCCAGCGGAUGUUUAGUCGGCGAAACGUAGUCGGCGCCGAGACGCGCGUGCUGAGGAUGAGACCCGGCCGAGGACAGGUGUGAUCACAGAGGUCGGGUCGCUGUUCAGCAACGGAAGAGAGAGAGAGAGAGAGAGAGAGAGAGAGAGAGAGAGAGAGAGAGAGAGAGGGAGAGAGAAAGGAAGAUCGCGCGAAAACAGUGGUGGUGAGAGAGUUGAUGUCCGGUUGUGGCUACGAAAGCUCGGCUCGUGCAUGCUCUCGAGGAGGAAUCGCGGCGGUCAUGCCGCGUGAUUCGAAGGUGUACGUACUGUUGUCCGCAACGCGUAUCAUCCACGGCGCGAACCAGGCGUCGUUCAAACGCGGCCCACCGGCAACCAGGGAAACAUGAGCUCCAUCGACUUCGACGAGGUGUUGGUGCACGUGGGCGAGAAGGGCAAAUACCAAAACAUCAUGUACUACCUUCUUUGCAUACCCGCCACUCUACCCGCAGCCUUCCUAGCGUUCUCGCAAGUGUUCGUGAGCGCAUCCCCGGACCACUGGUGCAGGGUGCCCGAGCUAGACAACCUAACGGAGCUGUUAACCCUGGAGGAGAGAAAAGCACUGUCGCUGCCGCACGAGGCGAGAACCGACGGCAAGUUGAAGUACUCGAAGUGCAGCAUGUACGACGUCAACUACACAGCGAUCAUCGAGUCGUGGCUGGGUCGGGGCAGCCUCGAGAACGCGACCGUUCAGCCCGAGUACCGGUCGAGGUCGCGGCUACCUUCGCCGCCGGUCGGCGACCCUAAGUGGCCGGUCAGCACGUGCCGACAUGGCUGGAUCUACGACAACCGGGACUACGACAGCACCCUCGUCACCGAGCUAGACUUGGUAUGCGACAACAGCUGGUGGCCUUCCACGUCCACGACCUUCUUCUACGUCGGCAGCCUGUUCGGUAACGUGGUGUUCGGCUGGAUCGCCGACAAAUGGGGCCGUAGGACCGCGUUCUUCGCGAUCCUCUUCCUGGAGGUGAUCUUCUCGAUCGCCACCAGCUUCAGCCCGAACUACGUCAUAUACACGGCGAUGAGGACCAUCAACGGUCUGUUCUUUCCCGCGAUCUACCAGAUACCGUUCAUACUUGCUUUGGAGAUGAUGGGACCCAGGUACAGAACGUUCGCCGGGAUGGUGAUCUGCAUGUUCUUCGCGUCGGCGAUGUCUCUGUUAGCCUUGCUGGGUUACUUGCUGCGACACUGGUUCGCUCUGUCGCUGGCCACCUCGGUCCCCUUCGUCCUCCUCUUCAGCUACUACUGGAUCAUCCCCGAGUCGCCGCGGUGGUUGCUCAGCAAGAACAGGAUCGACGAGGCGGAGGUGAUCGUGCAGCGGAUGGCCAAGAUCAACGGGAAGACCGUGCCCAGCAAUUUCCUCAGGAAGAUGGAGCUGGAGAUCCUGAGGAGGCAGGGGAUAUCCUGCAACGGUACGAAUCCCGGUGAGAACGAGACGGUGCAGGCCGAGGACAGGUCUCCUCCGCCGGCGGCCACCCCGAUGGACCUGGUCCGCAACCCUAACAUCAGGAAGAAGUUCUUCAUCCUGGCGUUCGACUGGGUGGCGAACGCGGUCGUCUACAACGGGCUGUCGUACAACGCGACGAACCUCGGCGUCUCCGAUUACCUGGCCUUCUUCAUUGGUGGGCUCGUGGAGAUCCCCUCGUACGUGAUCACCUGGUACGCGAUGGACAGACUCGGCAGAAGAUGGGUCCUCUGUCUGACGAUGCUCCUAGGAGGAGUUGCCUGCGUAUCCUGCAUGUUCGUUCCCGAAGACGCCGUCUGGGUGACCGUGUGCCUGGCGAUGAUCGGUAAAUUCGGGAUCGCUGCCUCUUUCGCUGUGUUCUACGUGUUCGUUGGAGAACUGCUGCCGACGGUGCUGAGGUCCCAGGCGAUGGGCAUCGCCUCGUUCAUCGCGGGAAUCGGCCUCCUCGCGUUCCCUUAUAUCGUGCACCUGGCCGUCUACUCCAGGGUCCUGCCUCUCAUCAUCAUGGGGACGCUGAGCGUAGCUGGCGCGCUCACUUCUAUCUUCCUGCCGGAGACCCUGAAUAUUCACCUGCCGCAAACGAUCGAGGAGGGCGAGCUCUUCGGGGCUGAUUUCAAGCUGUGGUCCUGCCCAACCUUGCCGAGAAAGAGGAAGAACCACGAAAGCAAGCGCGAGUCGAUGCCACUAAGAUGUUCGGCGAACGGUCGUCCCGGGAGCAGAUCCUCGGCGUCGAAGUCUCAAGAGGACGAGGAGGAGCAGGAGGCGGCCAGCUCCUGCCACGAUCAGCCGAGAAGCGAUCGCCCGGAGGAGGAUCCUGCUUGGAGGGUGAUGGAAGGUGGCAGAGAUGCGGCCGAGGUGGACGAAGAGCGUGAGAACACGACGGUGGCCGUAAUCGAACGUAAAAGGACGCAAUGAAGGACCG